UAUCGCGAUAUCAUGUACUGCAACCGUACGAUUGAUAACGCAAAGGCGAUCAGAAAUGUCUAUGCGAUGCAUGUUCUUAAUCAUGUUGCCAAGACCCGCGACCGUGUCAUGAAAAACAACUCUAAGAUUGCAAAGGCCCAAAAAGAGGAUGCAGACAUUGGAGAAGUUCGUGAUCAGGGCUUUACUCGCCCAAGGGUAUUGAUUAUCCUCCCUUUCAGAAAUGCGGCAGUAGAUGUUGUAAAUGCAUUGAUUGAGCUUUCGGGUACAGAACAGCAGAACAACAAGAAGAAAUUUUACGACCAAUUUAACUUGCGUGAAGAGGAGUCUGUUGAUGAGUCCAAGCCUGCAGACCACUUGGAGACAUUCAAGGGAAACAUUGACGAUCAUUUCCGAUUAGGACUCAAGUUCACCAAAAAGACCCUUAACAUUUACUCUGAUUUCUACAGUGCUGAUAUCAUCAUUGCUUCUCCCCUUGGUUUACGUACUGUGAUUGGUACUGAUGGAGACAAGAAACGUGAUUUUGACUUUUUGUCAUCGAUUGAGCUGGUUGUGUUUGAUCAAGCCAACCACUUUUUGAUGCAGAACUGGGAACAUAUCGAGCAUAUUUGUGAUCACCUUAACCUUAUUCCCAAGGAUGCCCAUGGUUGUGAUAUCUCAAGAAUCAAAAGCUGGUAUCUUGAUGGAAAGGCAAAAUAUCUUCGUCAAACCCUCGUGUUUUCUGAAUUCUUGACCCCAGAAUUGAAUGCUAUGUUUAACAAGUACAUGAAAAACGUAUCUGGGAAACUCAAGAUCAAGCAAACUUACGAGGGAUCAAUUGUGAAUGUGAUUCCCCAAGUACAACAGACCUUUACACGCAUUGAUUCUACUUCGCUGGCGACCUCUGAUGAUACAAGAUUCAAAUACUUUAUUGAAAAGACUCUUCCGUCCCUCCGUAGAUCAGCCAUCACACAAUCCCAUACCCUAAUUUUCAUCCCAUCCUAUUUUGAUUUUGUUCGAGUUCGCAACUAUCUCAAGGACAAUUUGUUCUCCCAUGAAGCAUGCUCUGAAUAUGCAUCUGGACCAGCCAUUACCCGUGCAAGAUCAAACUUUUUCCACGGUCAUACAAGUUUCAUGUUGUAUACAGAGCGACUACACUUUUUCAGAAGAUAUAACAUUCGAGGUACAUUCCAUGUAGUAUUUUACGGCUUGCCAGACAACCCAGUGUUUUACACCGAGAUUGUGAAUUUCUUGGGACUUAAAUUUGAUGAAGCAAGUGCAUCAGAAGAAGCCACACUAUCUUGUACUGCUGUAUUUUCCAAGUAUGACUUUAUGAAACUAGAGCGUAUUGUGGGAACAGAUCGUGCAAAGAAAAUGUGCACUGCCCAAAAGAAUGUUUUUAUGUUUUCAUAAUGUUUUUUUUUUCUUAUUUUAUUUUUGCGUGUCAUUUUUGAAAUAAAUAUAUAUAUAAAU